CGUUGCCGGGGCCGACCCGGGUGCUCGCCACGGUCUUCGUCGCUAACGCCGGGGUGCGCGCUGCCGCCGCCGCCGGCCGUCCCGGGGCGCGCAACAAAGAGCCGCCCGCACUCGCGCGCCCAGCCCGGUUCCCCGCGCCGCAGCCCGGCUCGCCCGCAUCCCCGCGGCCCCGAGCCCCCGCGCGGGCGAUGGAAGAUGGAAGGAAGAAACGCCGCGGCAGAGCCGUUUGUUUGGGUUAACAAUGCAUCAGCACAUUCCCAGAGUGUCGCCAAGGCAAAGUACGAGUUUCUGUUUGGCAAGUCAGAAGAGAAAACCCCGGAUGCUAGUGAUCAUGGAGGAAGCACUUUACUCCCACCAACCGUCACGAAUGAAUUUCCAGAAUAUGGGACCAUGGAAGAGGGAGGGGAAGGCCUCAGAGCCUCUCUAGACUUUGAUGCAAAGUCCCCACCAUGCCACCUACCUGGGCAGCAGGCAGUCCACCUUCUUGCUGGACAAGACUCUGUGCUCAACAGUGUUACAGAAGGACCAAAUGAUGCCCCUCAGUGUCACCCUCAGGAACAAAGUUUACAACCCAUUGACUCUUUAAUUUCUGCUCUGAAAGCCACAGAAGCCAGAAUAGCUUCAGGAACAUUUCAAGCCACAAAGGUACUAGACAAAGAGGCUAAUUUUUCAGUUUACCGGGUGGAUAAGGAACCGAGGACUGCCAGUCAUAAGCCACAGAGAGCCCAUAGAACAUUCCCUGUUGGCCCAGGAAAGUCACCAGAUAGACCUCUCUCAGUGGAAGUACCAACAGAGGAAAAGUUCUCUUUGCACAUCCAGGAGGAUCUGACCGCACUCUUACCUGAAGAAACUCCAGCACAACUGUCCCAGAUAACUAAUUACAGGAGGCAAGGGCCUCUCCAUGUGCCAGAGUCAGCAUGUCCUGUGUCCUCGGGCUCAGCGAGGAGCCAUAACUCUGUGGACAGAGUCGGUGCUUUAAAAGACCAGAAGUCUGACCUCGGAAGAGAAAACCCUAGAGGAUGUGAUCGGGGUGGCUCCAUGGGGCGCCAAACCCGGAUCAAACAUGUGGAGUUUCAAGGAGUAGAGAUACUGUGGACAGGAGAGGAGGCGGAGAGCCGGCACCCUGCAGGCUUUGAGACACCACCAGAAAGGACAGCCUCACCUGUGAGGAAAGAGUUUGCCAAAGGGCCAAGCCAUUCUAGCUCAGCUACUGGCGCGUGCAGCACCUCCACUCAUUUAACUGGGAGCGCUUCGGAUGAAACUUGCAAAGCGCCUUCAGCAAGGCCUGGCACGAGCUUAGGCACACUGUCCCCGGUGCCUCUUGGUGAGAGCGGAGAGGAUGACGUCUUCCUACGAGAAAGCAAAGAACAUCUUGAGGAGAACUUUGAUAUACAGGGGGACAACGAAAGGUUUUUCGAACAAGAGGAGCACCUUAGGGGAGGAGAUGAUGAUAUUCUUGGGCCUGGAUAUACGGAGGACUCCACUGAUGUGUACAGCAGCCAAUUCGAAACUAUUCUGGACAACACGUCCUUGUACUAUAGUGCAGAGUCACUGGAGACACUGUACUCAGAACCGGAUAGCUACUUUAGCUUCGAAAUGCCGCUCACUCCCAUGAUACAGCAGCGCAUUAAAGAAGGCGGUCAGUUCUUGGAGAGGACCUCUGUGGGAGGACAUCACGAUGUCCUGAGCGUGUCAGCAGACGGAGGGAUAGUGAUGGGAUAUUCUACAGGGAUCACCAACGGACUGCAUGAUCCCGCCAACUCUGUCUACACCAGAGGCCCUCAAGAGAUUGCCUUCUGGGGAAGUAGUGGCUAUUGCUUUGAUAAGGGGAAACCAACACGACUAGAUGGUAAUUCUGAAAUGGGGAGCACUGAAAUUCUGGAAAAGGAGACCACAGAGAAUCUUAGCAAUGGCACUAACAGCAAUGUGGAAGCAGCUAAAAGAUUGGCCAAACGCUUGUAUCAUCUAGACAGAUUCAAAAGAUCGGACGUUGCCAAACAUCUAGGCAAAAACAACGAAUUUAGCAAGCUAGUUGCAGAAGAGUAUCUGAAGUUUUUUGAUUUCACAGGGAUGACGCUGGAUCAGUCUCUCAGGUAUUUUUUAAAAGCAUUUUCUCUUGUUGGAGAAACCCAGGAACGUGAGCGAAUAUUGAUACACUUCUCCAAUAGAUAUUUUUCUUGUAAUCCAGACACUAUCACCUCAAAAGAUGGAGUUCAUUGCCUCACCUGUGCUCUGAUGCUCCUCAACACGGAUCUGCACGGCCAUGUAAGUAAUAUUGGAAAGAAGAUGACCUGCCAGGAGUUCAUUACAAAUCUUCAAGGGGUAAAUGAAGGCGGAGAUUUCUCCAAGGAUCUUCUAAAAGCUCUGUACAACUCCAUCAAGAACGAGAAGCUUGAAUGGGCAGCAGAUGAUGAAGAGAAAAAGAAAUCUCCCUCAGAAGGUACUGAUGAGAAGGCUAAUGGAACACACCCAAAGACUAUCAGUCGUAUUGGGAGUACAACUAACCCAUUUUUGGACAUUCCUCAUGACCCAAAUGCUGCUGUAUACAAAAGUGGAUUUUUGGCUCGCAAAAUCCAUGCAGAUAUGGAUGGAAAGAAGACUCCAAGAGGAAAGCGGGGAUGGAAGACAUUUUAUGCUGUCCUGAAGGGAACAGUUCUUUACUUACAAAAGGAUGAGUAUAAGCCCGAGAAGUCUCUGUCCGAUGAAGACUUGAAGAAUGCAGUCAGUGUGCACCAUGCUCUAGCAUCCAAGGCCACCGACUACGAGAAGAAGCCGAAUGUGUUUAAGCUCAAGACUGCAGACUGGAGGGUCCUGCUGUUCCAAACCCAGAGUCCAGAGGAAAUGCAGGGAUGGAUAAACAAAAUCAACUGUGUGGCAGCUGUAUUUUCUGCACCACCUUUCCCUGCAGCCAUUGGCUCUCAGAAGAAGUUCAGCCGCCCACUUCUGCCAGCCACCACAACAAAAUUAUCCCAGGAGGAACAGCUGAAGUCCCACGAAAGCAAACUGAAGCAGAUCACCACUGAGCUGGCUGAACAUCGCUCAUAUCCCCCAGACAAGAAGGUCAAAGCCAAGGAUGUGGAUGAAUACAAGCUUAAAGAUCACUAUCUCGACUUUGAGAAAACCCGUUAUGAAAUUUAUGUCAGCAUUCUGAAAGAAGGAGGCAAGGACCUCCUCAGUACCGAGGGAAAUGAACCAGUGGGACUGAAGAAGUCACACUCAAGUCCUUCCCUGAACCCAGAUGCAUCUCCAGUCACUGCCAAGGUCAAGCGCAACGUCUCAGAGAGAAAGGACCACCGACCUGAAACACCGGGCAUUAAGCAAAAAGUUACUUAGAAUCCAUCUGCGGCCAGGAAGUGCUGGUCAUGGAGCAAAAUAGGGUUUUUCAAGAUCUUUCUGGUAAUCCGUGAAUAUAUUUAAAAAAAACAGUCUGUGACUAAACGGUGCAUUAGUAACCUUUCUAUUGUAUAUUUUUGUUAGUUUCUGUACAGAUGUCUUUGCUCUUGAGUUCCUUGCUUUGAUGAUUUGGGCAACUUUAUAACUAAUGCACCUUUUGUGAGAAGGAGAGGGCUACGGAUGCUUUCGCCUUCUGCUUCCUCUUAUUUGCACUUCUGCACAGUUAUUUUAUGUGUUCCCAAUCAACUGUUGUACUUUUUUUUUUUUUAGGUUUAAAUUUUUAAUCCAUUGUGAAACACAUAACUGGACAAGCAUUGUGCUUUAGUAAAUCCUAGACUUUACAUGUGAAAUCCUGCCCAGUCACGGAGGUGAAAUUGAAAGUUCAUAGUUGCUCACAUAAAAAUGGCAGUGCUGGGAGUCAGGUUGUCCCAAGGUGGGACACUUCUGCAUUCAUCCUGGCCCCUGCUGUUGGUGCUGGACACAGGACAAAAGGGAGCAUGAGGAUGACAGGACUGGAGACCUUAGGGAGCACAGGAGUUUGACUCUGGUGUGCAUUCCAUUCAGCCAUGCAAGGGAAUUCAGAAGUGGAGUCAUCUCGCCUGAAGGGAGGCUGAGGAUGGAUUGAUACCAAGCCACUUCUGCUGUCUAAAGGCUGGUGUGGCAGUAAUCAGCUCUUGGGGAGCCGCAGCAGUAGGAUGUAUGGUCCGCUAUAGGAAUGGUACCUCACUCCCAUGGGAUCUAGACUAGGAAUCAAAAUCAUCUCUGUGGUCGAUACCUUUCCACCCAGGAAUAGAUUCAUUUUUAGAUAGAUGUGCAGGCAUAGAUCAUGUCCUGGUUGAAACAAAACACUGUUGAAAAUUAAUACCACCCCCACCCCUUUUUUUCCUUUUCUAUAUCAAGACCAAUAAGGAGCAACACAGCUGCGGUCGUUCAUUGGGGUCAAUGGCCGUCAGACUGAACGUGAAGUCAGUCUGAGCACAGGGACUGAGGCUGGAGGGAGGUGAUGAUGUCUGUGCAGCUCCUUGGCUUCUCCUCACCUCCAACUCUACAGCCGUCUUGCUGGGUUGCUGUGAAGAUGCUCCUGGAAUUAUUUGUAUACAGUUAGUCUUAUUUUUCCCUGUAUUCAAAACAGUUUCCGCUUGCAGUCAAAGCAGUCCCUUUAAAAUUUGAAGUAGUUAAGUAGAAUAUUGUCUGUGGAGGAAGAGAAAGGCAUAA